AGUUAGCGUUCUCGCGAGAUGUGUUGGAGACGAAAUGGAUUGAAAAGAUCUGCGAGGAUACUGUAAGUGAAGAUCCACAGGAGGAGGGUGGUGCCAGAGUGGGUGUGUGUGCACGUGAUGGUGGGGCUUCACAUCUAGAAAGAUCCCUAGAAAGGAAACCGGAAGCUGCCGCACCUUUCAUGGGUGCUCCAGCGAGUACACCCGCAAUCGCAUCUUUCCUGACCGCUGAUGUGCAAGAGUACUGAUCACGACUAUCUAAUGUCGGAGUGGAUGUACGUAAUGGGAUGGUCAUACCACGAGGAAGAUUCGAAUGAGAAUCCUAGAUGUGCCGUUUCGUGGAUUUCAGGGAGAGGAGGGAGGGUUGUGAGAGCUGUUUUGGCUCCCUGUUGUGCAUGGAUUCGAGGGUAUGAGUCUUUGUAGCCCAUGCACACAAGAUGCCAUUUGUGAUCCCUGCUUUCGCUCUCAGACGCUGGUUUCGGCAAUGCGGGCGGCGAGUGAUAUGAUGGGGCUUGCAGAGACGUGACUUUUGGGGGCACUUGCUGGCGGGAAUCGGAAGAGCGGAGAGACUUUGAUCAGGGUGUUUCUUCGUUUAUGACUCCAGAUAUUUGUCUUCGAGAAAAGGCAAAUAGGCAUGUUGCACGGAAUCACUAGCUUCUUCUUCGAUGCCUUCAGCUUCAGCAUUAAGGAGAUCGUAGCGGAACAGGACGAAAUACAAGUACAGAAGUCCACCACAAGAAUUGGGGUGUAAGGAAUUCAAAGAUUAAUGCUACAGAAGUCGUCCUGUUGGGGGCCAUAAAAUCUUCAUUAAGUUUUUUACAUACGCUGAAGCUCUUCACUGUAUGAUUAUAGCAAUGGCUGGAAGUAAGCAUGAGAGAACAGAAGGUUCUGGAGGAGCGGGGGAGGGUCCUUCACUUGCUGCGCAGCUCCAACAAGUAUGGCUUCAAACACAGAUGCCAAAAGCCCAGAAGCGGAGCUUCACACCAGAUUCAAGCACCCAGAACCAAAUUCCACGGUUGUCGACAUCAAAUUUAGGGGCUGAUACGUCUGCAUUGUCGAAACCAUCAGCACUCUCUGCAUUGAAAUCAUUAUCUAAUCUUUUCCCAGAACUUGCAAAUGUCCAGGAGGAGAAGAAGGCAAUAAUCUCUUCUGUCUUUAAAGAGGGCGAGCACCCAGUUGCACUGAAUCCAGCCAUGCUACAGAAGAAAAAUGAAUGCUUGGAGAUGAUGUUGACUGAUAACUUUGGCAACGAAGCUCAGUCGGAGCGCUCUCAGGUGUCUCAUUCCAGAACUUCCUCUCAGACAAUGCGAUCAAAUUCUUAUGGGAUUCAGCCGUCUAGCGAUUCGUUGGAUUUUUCCAGUAUGUGCCCUCUUACAUCUUUCAAUAGUUUCUCAGGAUCGACCCAACGAAGUGCAGUAGACACUCCUGAAGAAGACUUUUUCUGUCCCUUUGGUCGUAGUGAGCCUUCGGAUUCUCCAUCAGUUGAUAACACAGAGGCUACUGCAGAGGUAGAGGUAGCGGUAGAACUAGAGAAAACGCCCCUGUUUUUAUAUUUAACGGACAUGCUCAUGGAUGAAAAAGUGGAGGAGAAAAAAUGUAUGUUUGUCGAGAUGAGUGCUUACCAGGCAAUGGCGAAAGAACUUGGGGAUCUUAUCUCAUAUGAUCCAAGCUAUUCUUCAAUGCCAGGAGCUGAAAACACAAAUUCGGAGUUUCACUUUGAGGAUAAUUCCGGACUUUUUGAAAAAGAAUACUUGGAGUUUCAGGGUGAGGAAGAUGUUGUAGAAGAUGUUGGACACGUUGACAGCUGGAUCAAUGAAAUUCUUAGUGGUCCACUUCCUCCGGAGCUCAGAGAUAGUCCAGACUCAGAAACCAAGCAUGGUCAUAAACACGCGGAGAGUCCUGAAGAAUCUUGUUCCAACGCAGAUUCAGAAUUUUGCAGUUGCAAUACCUUGAAGGACGAAGACUUCGAAGUUGCACAACAUCAUUGGGCAUAUGUUCAAGCUAAUGGUUCAUAUCUGGACUCCAGCUCGUCUCUGUUGGACUCUGUAAACUCUGCUCAUUCUCUUCAGAAUAAGAAUGGACGUAUGUUACCUGUCGGUUUCACGAACCCCAUAUCGUCGUCAAAUGGCAAUGAAGUACACGUGACUCCCGUGGAUUUGACCAACCUUCUCAUCAGAUGCGCGCAUGCAGUGGAGCAAGGUAAUUUUGGAUAUGCUAACGAGUUAAUUAAUGAGUUGCGUGAACACUCGUCUGCUUAUGGAAAUGGAAGACAACGAAUGGCUCAUUACUUUGUGGAAGCUCUGGUUGCCAAAAUGUCUGGAACUGGUGGACAACUUUACUCAGCUCUGAGUAAUAACCGGCCUUCUGAGGCUCAAAUGUUGAAGGCGCUAAUGCUGUUUUGCGAGCAUUGCCCUUUCAUUCAAGUGCCACACAUCUUUGCUAAUCAUUCAAUAGUGGAAGCAUUCAAAGGUGCUUCUCGGGUUCAUAUUAUUGAUUAUGGAAUCCUUUAUGGAGUACAAUGGCCGUGUCUUCUCUAUCAACUUUCAACUCGCCCUGAGGGACCACCACAUCUUCGAAUCACAGGUAUUGAUAGGCCUCAACCUGGGUUUAGGCCCUCAGCACGAAUUCAGGACACAGGACGGCGUUUGGCCAAGCUUGCAAAGAAAAUGGGGGUGCCCUUUAAGUUCCAUGCUAUUGCUGAGAAGUGGGAAGCUAUCACUCCUGCCCAUCUUCUUUUGCGAGAGGAUGAGGUCCUUGCAGUGAAUUGCAUGUUCAGAUUUCGCCAUCUUCUGGACGAGUCAGUGACCGCAGCUAGCCCACGCAAUCUGGUGCUGAGCAGAAUAAAAAGCUUAAAUCCUAAGGUCUUUGUGCAAGGUGUAUUCAACGCUGGCUACAAUGCACCCUUCUUCAUGUCCCGCUUCCGGGAGGCAUUGUCUCACUUCUCAACAAUAUUCGAUGCGAUGGAGUCCUCGUUCCCUCCAGAUCAUGUAGACAGACAACUCAUAGACCACGAGAUUGUUGGCAGAGAGAUUCUGAACGUGGUCGCUUGCGAAGGGCUGGAGAGAGUGGAGCGCACUGAAACCUACCGCCAAUGGCAGGCGCGCACUACGCGUGCUGGGUUCCAGCAGAUACCGAGCAGUGGGGAGACUAUGGCGAAGAUCAAAAUGGCGAUGAGAGUUUAUCACAGAGAUUACGGCGUUGGACAUGACGGUCACUGGUUUCUGAUCGGGUGGAAGAACCACAUCACUCACGCCAUGACCAUUUGGGAGCCCAUCCGCGAUGGGAGCCCAUAAGUUCCAACUUCUCACAACUUAGACUCAUUGUGCAUCCUUGUGUACAUUCCUAGUAUACCCUCACUUACUUGGACGUGGUAGUCAGUGCAUGGAUCUUAUAAUUGGGUUUGAAUGUGAUUCUUCUGCCUUGAUGGGAUACAUGAAGAUGAUGCGUUGUCUUCUCAUUGUUCUCACAUGCGCAGUCUUCUCAAAGCUCCACUUCUACCACGUCAACCUUGUACCAUAUCCAGCUGAGAGGGAGGAUGAUGUAUCUGGAAUACUAUAUCUGGAACUGCCUUUGCGCUAGUACCCAACCCCCAAUUCCUUGUAGAGGCUUUGAUUUAAUCUACUUCCUGUUUUGGACAUUUCUCUGCAGAUAAACAGUGGUUCGGCACAAACUGUAUCAAAUUUUCUUGAUCUUCACAAUGUUUUUUUCUGUUACCGUUUGCUUUGAAA